GACCCCGAGGCCCGCGGCGCCGCCGCCUACGUGAGCCGUUUGGACCCUGCCCGGCCCCCGUAGCUCCGGUCUUCAGCAGGUUUGAAGCCGUUUCUGCCGGAGCCGAGUCUCGCCGGCCCUGGGUCUUCAUCUGCGUAGUUGCGAGGAAGUUUUGGAGCAUUGGUCGUAGCCUGCGGGUGAAUUGGGCUUAUUCGGAAAUGAGGUACCGUGCAGUGAGUACUCUUGGGUGUGGGACCAGCUACUAAAAGGGCAUGUGCAGUUUAGGACAGCUGUGAUUCUUGGGGUUAAGGAAUUAUUUUUAAUAUAAGCAUUUAAAAGAAAACUGUACCAUGGCCUCAGCAGUUCUGAGUUCUGUUCCCACUACGGCCUCUCGUUUUGCGCUCUUACAAGUUGAUAGUGGCAGUGGAUCUGAUUCUGAGCCUGGAAAAGGCAAAGGCCGGAAUACUGGAAAGUCUCAAACUGUGGGAAGCAAAUCAACUACAAAUGAGAAAAAAAGAGAGAAAAGAAGAAAAAAGAAAGAACAGCAACAGAGUGAAGCAAAUGAGCUUAGGAAUCUUGCUUUUAAGAAGAUUCCCCAGAAAUCCUCCCAUGCCAUUUGUAAUGCUCAACAGGAUUUUCCGUUGUCAAACCCAGUGCAAAAGGAUUCACGGGAAGAAAACUGGCAAGAAUGGAGACAAAGAGAUGAACAGCUGACAUCUGAAAUGUUUGAAGCUGAUCUUGAGAAGGCAUUAUUGCUAAGUAAAUUAGAAUAUGAAGAACACAAAAAGGAGUAUGAAAAUACUGAAAAUGCUUCAGCUCAUUCAAAGAUUAUACAUAAAAAAGAUAAAAGAAAGAAUCAUCAAGGAAGAGACAAACCCCUCACAGUAUCACUAAAAGAUUUCCAGUCUGAAGAUCAUAUUAGCAAGAAGACUGAGGAAUUUUCUCAGACAUUAUCACAUGAUGGCGGUUUCUUCAAUAGAUUGGAAGAUGAUGUUCAUAAAAUUCUUAUUCAAGAAAAAAGAAGAGAACAGCUUACAGAAUACAAUGGAGCAGAUAAUUGUACAGCUCAUGAACACAAGGAAGUGGUUCUUAAAGAUGGAAGAAUUGAAAGACUAAAAUUGGAACUUGAAAGGAAAGAUGCUGAAAUCCAGAAACUAAAAAAUGUGAUCACUCAGUGGGAGGCAAAAUAUAAAGAAGUAAAGGCAAGAAAUGCACAGUUACUGAAAAUGCUUCAAGAAGGUGAAAUGAAAGAUAAAGCAGAAAUACUUUUGCAAGUUGAUGAGUCACAAAGUAUCAAGAAUGAGCUAACUAUACAGGUGACUUCACUUCAUGCUGCAUUAGAACAAGAAAGAUCUAAAGUGAAAGUAUUGCAAGCAGAAUUAGCCAAAUACCAGGGUGGCAGAAAAGGAAAAAGAAACUCUGAAUCUGACCAGUGCAGGUGAUUACAUUAGCCUUCAAAGUCAACACAAAAAUUAAACUUUCAGGGUUUUUCAAAAUUGUAGAUACUUAAUGUUGUGCAGCUGCUAACCUACGCAGUUUUGUUGAAGAAACAACAAGCAACUAGCUAAUAGUCUAUAAUUUUGUUUUUUGGCUUAAAAGUGAAAAGAAAAAAUGUAGAAUUCCAGUAGAACUUAAUAAUUAUUGUUUACUGUCUAUACUUCUUAUCACUUUAGUUUUUCAUCAUUCAAUAAAACUACUUUACUAUUAGUCCAAUGUUUGAUUUAUUUAAGUUUCAUAAACAAUGUGAAAGCAUUAUUUUUGCUUAUAGCUCAAUCAGUUGGACUCUCUAAGCUCAGCAAAUGUUCAUUUAGCAUUUUCUGUGCAUUAUGCCUUACAGAACAGAUAAGUGAAAUAUGGUUGGUGUCUUCAGUUAGCUUAUGCUGGGAAAAGAGAGGAUGGAAGAGGGUAAAGUAAAACAGGAGCAAAAAUAAUUAUCAUGUGUUCUGUUGUUUAGAAAUUGAGAAAACUUGAAUUUGGUAAAUUUUUAUAAAGUUAUUUAAUUUGUUGAAAACUAUUUCAAGUCGAAGGAAUGAAAUCUGGGCUGAAAGAUUUGUUUAAAGAACAGUCUACCCUUUGGACGAUAACAUGACACACUGAGAAUAGGAAGAAUACUGAUGUGUUGGGAAGGAAUGAACAUGAGAUUUUUCUUUAGUGUAGUCAUUUGCUAGAAUAACUAGUUGUUUAUGGGGCUUAUGGUCUUUGAGUAUAUUCAGUAAAAUACAAGUAUAAUUCACUAG